UUGUGGGUCCGAGAAAGUCAUUAUUCAUGCCUUUGCAUAGAUUCAGACGACCAAGAGUCUUAUGUUUAUAGAGACAAACCUACUGCAGCUAUCAAUCCUACAUAUACCAUAUUGCCAUGGACAUUGAAUGAAAGUGCAUUGGAUCCAAACAUGCCUUCUUAUUAUGAUCGGUAUUAUUCUUCUACUGAAAGCAACACCGAAUGCAAUAGUGGUAGUUUAGAAUAUUACCAUGCGAAUAAGGAAAAAUACUUUACACCUAGAAGGCCUGUGCUCCGUUCUACAGUAUCUGAGAUAAGACCUGCGUCCUCUUCUUCUUCAUCGAUUGUAGGCAAUAAAAAAAUGCGACCUUCUUUUAAGUACAAGACUUCUUCUGGGUACUAUGGUAAUCAUCCAAGUGAUGAAGAGUUCGCGCCUCUCAUCAGAUCAAGACAACCUCGUAGAAGAAAAGGCAUAAGCAAUCAUCAAGGAAAGAGAACUUGUUUUACUUUUCUAUGCAUUAUGUUUGGUGGCCUGCUGGGGAUUUGCGUCGGCUGGCUUCUUUUGGCAAUUUCUUCAAGCCCUCUUGCGGAUGUUGAAGUGGUCGGUAUUAGCAACGUUUUAGGUACACAAAAAGAACUCAUGUUCAAUCUUCAAGUACGAGCCAAGUAAGUUGAUUAUGCAUGGUAUGUUGUUUAUUUACUUGGCCGUUUUGCUAGAAACAGCAAUUGGUGGACGAUACGAAUGACAAAUACAGCAUUUAGUGUGUUUGCGUC